UUUUACUUUGCUUCACCACAGGAAGGGCACUUGUGCAUUCACACAUUGGGUGGAUUUACGUUGAAGUCCAUGCGACAUAUCGGAGAGCACUCCAUACACAAUUUGGUGCUUUCUCUUCUUGAUGGAGCUUAGCCUGCAUUAGCUUUGCACUAUAAAGAUCCACUUUUUAUGGUGGCUUUUUGGGAUACUUCGAUAUAUCUGCUAUGCACUGACGUUUCUUCUGAGAUGUAUGGAGGGGUCAUGCUGAUAGAGCACCUUUUCUAAAAGCCUUGCCGUGUGUGUGUGUGUGUGUGUGUGUGUGUGUGUGUGUGUGUGUGUGUGUGAAACACAGACUGCAUGGACUUGGCCAGCCAAGAAGUUGCUGAUAGAACUAUAGAGGCCAUGCUGAUAGAUUACCUUUUUUUAAAGCUUCAAAUUUCUCAAUUUUGUUUUGAACAUUUUUCUUAAAGCCUCACCUUUCUCAAUUUUCUUUUGAACAUUUGCUGGUGUGAAUGCAUAGAUCAGUGAUCUGCAAGAUCACCAAGCAAAUGUUCAAAAUAAUAAUAAUUGAGAAAAGUGAAUGAACCCUGAAUAGAUAUGGCCAGUCAAGAUGUUGGCCUUUCACAAAACUGAAGCAAAAGAAAAAGAAGGAGAAGGAGAAGACGAAGAAGAAGGAGGAGAAGAUAAUGAUGAAAAAGAAGGAGAAUACGAAGGAGGAGGAGGAGGAGGAGACGGAGAUGGAGAAGGAGAAGACAGAGAAGGAGAAGACGUAGGAGAAGACGAAGAAGGAGGAGAAGACGAAGAAGGAGGAGAAGACAGAGAAGAAGAAGAUAGAGAAGGAGGAGGAGGAGGAGAAGACGGAGAAGACAAAGAAGAAGACGACAGAGAAGAAGUAGAAGAUGACGACGGAGAAGAAGAAGAAGAAGAAGCAGCAGCAGCAGACGGAGAAGAAGACAACGACGGAGAAGGAGACGAUGACGACGGAGAAGAAGAUGACGAUGGAGAAGAAGCAGCAGCAGCAGAGAUAAAUCCAGAAGGGAUCAGAGAAAGACCUUGGAGCACAUGGUAUGAAGGGGACAAGGAAAACAUUCGGGAGGGACCCUAUUAAAGCAGCCCUGUGUGAACGUCCCCCAGGUUUCUUUGAAUUAUUUUUAUUGCACUUAUAGGAAGAUAAUAUAUGACCUCAUAACUUGCUCUACUUUACCCACGGUUAAGCAUGCCAUCUGGGACAGGCCAUGGAGGAAGGGAAGAAAAGGAAGUGAAUGGUGGGACAAACUGGAAAGACAAUAUGUCUAUUGAACAACUGAGGUCUGCAUGUUUUGUUUGUUUUUUAAAUGUAAAUUGCAGACGAACAGGACCUCAGUCAGGACCAUGGUGUGGCAAAAGGUUAAAGCUUCCAUGUGUCUCCCGAGCCACCUGUGUUGAAGGCCAUGUGACUUGUUUAAAAAUGUAAACACACAGACUUCAUUCACAAAGUACACUUAGUUGCCCUGUAGGAUGGAGUGGAGUUGAGAGAGAAAGGUUAUGGGAUUGCAGAAAUAUUCUUGGAUUGAUGCAGAUAGAAGAGCACUAAGGAGUGGAGAAAGAGAAAUUGUUAUAGAGCUGUAUAUAGAGAUCAGAAGAGCCCAGCUGCACCAGAGCAAGGGUCCAUUAUCUAAUCUGAAUACUGUUUCUCACAGUGACCCAUCUAAUGCUUAUGAGAUGCCCACAUGCAGGGAAUGGCAGCAACAGCUUUCCUUUUCCCUCAUAGAGGCAUCUCCUUUGCAGGUUGCAUCUAGCUAUUGUGUUCAAUAGUUGCUGAUUGACAGAAUAAAAGAGGAAACGUUGAAUCAAAAUAGUAGAAGAAAUGCUGUUCCACAGUUGAAAUACUUGUAGAGUGUCACUGCCAUCUGAACUGUACAAUGCAGUUCUGCCCAUAGCAGACACACCAGGUUUCAGGGGUCCUUGCAAACCUGCUCACUAUGUCCCUCCACCAUCUAGCUGGGCCUUAAAAGAAUUGCUCCACUGCCAUUGUACAAAGACUAUGGGCAUGGAGAUCUCAGGGAUAAGCUGUGGACCCUUCUUAUCUCUGGAAUCCUUGCUGGCCCUGCCCCCAGUGGAAGUAAACCUAGUAGUGUGAGUGAGAUGAGGUUGCACUGUGAGCAGCAAAGUGCAGUCUAUCUGGUGCCUUAGUAAGGUCCAGUGUUCCCUCUAAGGCAUGUGCAUGCACACAAAUAUUUUGUUUUUCAAUCAGCUAACUUUAGAUCCUGCUUAGUUUGAAUCAGGAAGGUCCCACUCUGAAUAUACAUGCACACACACUGUCUUAAUAUUGCCACUGCCUUGAUACUGCUGCCCAGAACAAAACUCAUUCCUCACACAGAUGGGAAAAAAAAGAGAGAGACAACACUGGUGGGGUUCUUGACUAACUAGGCACAGAAACAGCACAAUUCUUCCUUCUUGCUGGUCAUGAGCCACUGAGGCUUGAUCCAUGGUUCUGUGUGCAGCAGCCUCAUGUGGAGACUUAUCAGGACUGCAAAUUGGAACAUCUUCCUGGCACGGGACUGGCCAGUUCUUCAGUAUGGGAGUAGUCAAUCCGAUCCACGCUGCCAUUGGCUCUGGCAUGCUUUGGCUUGCUCCUCUGGCUCCUGCUGUUGUUCCGCCAAAAAUACUUCAUUUAUUUCCCAUAGAAGAGAAUCAAAUAGCAUCCACCAAAAGAGUGUUCUGUAAAGUUGCUGGCUUCCCCCUGAGUGGCUGGUUUUGUGGGUAGUAGUACAUGUGCCUGUAAUUACUUGUACCAAGGAAGAGGGUUCAUAUUCAGAUUUGUCUGCAGCAAGCAAGGCUUGAUUAUACAUGUCUGUGCACACUUUCUAGAUGGCACCUAUGAUGCACACAUUUUCCAAAUGUUACCUGUGAGCUUGAAAGAAGACCAGCGGGACAGGAACAUUGGACACUAUGGAUAUCUGUUUUUUAAAUCCAGUAACACCAUUUACAAAACUGUGGACAUCAACAGAGGUUGCCCAUGACUGUGAUCACAGAAGGACCUGCUCAGGCAUUAGAUGUGCUAUUGGACAGUUGAAGAUGUGGUUUCACAUCAUUCCCUGCACAGGAGGAGACAUGUUAUUUAGGCUAGAAAAGACAAUACCAAUAGUUUGUUGGGCAGUGCUGCACAACCUGGUAACUCUCCAUGGAUCCCUUGUCACAUUCACACUAACUAAGCAUGCAACAAAUUGGCAUCAAGGGACCACUUUGGAAGCAAUGAACUGUGGGAUUGUUGUGGUCUAUGCAACUCUCAGCAUGUUCACUAGUAAUGAAAGACUAGUGAAUAUUGUUAUAAAAUAUUAUAUUAUAAAAUAUUAUAUUAUAUUGUUAUAUUAAAAUAUAAUAUUGUUAUAUUAUAUGUAUUUAUAUUUUGUUUUUUGUUUCAGUGAAUAUUAUUUCUAACUUCAUUCCAAGUUAUUUAUUCAUCUAUCCAUCCAUCAAUCUAUCCAUCCAUUCUUUCAUUCAUUCAUUCAUUCAUUCAUUCAUUCAA